AACAAACAGCAAAUAGAAGCAGAUAAGGGAACAGCGUAGUGAGCACAUUAAUUCGCUUCUCUAACCUCAACACUAUAACCAUCGUUCUACUUUGUUUUACUUCGUUUUUCUCAGUUUCAAAGGAUCAUAUUUUACUGUGACACUUCCAAUUCAUACGCAUAACUGUUUUCAUUUAUCCACCAACAGUUGCAUUUUUAUUUUGCUUGAAGAAAUGGCGCUGCGACAUUCCAUGACUGCGCCCUUUCAGUCUUGCGCUUCACCAAAGGUUAUUAAAGAGAGGAAAUUUAGCAUGCCCAUGUCUUUUUGUGGCACACGUUGUAUUCCCAGACAGAAACCUAGGAAGGAGUUCUCGAAUUUGAGCCUUCCCUCAAACCUGUCUUUGCUGGAUGGUGAUACAAGAGCAGUAAGAGUUGAAGCACUGAAAUCGGGUGGUGCUGAUUGGAAGAGAGGAAGAGAAGCUUCUAGUGACAGUGAUGAUGAGGAUGAGGCAGCACCUCCUUCUGAUGGAAAUGACCCUUAUCUUAUGAGUCUUGAAGAGAGACUCGAAUGGAGGAGGAACAUAAGACAGGUGUUGGAUAUGAAACCUGAUGUUGAAGAGGAGUUAGACCCUGUUGAAAAGAAGAAGAGGCUGCAAAAGCUUCUAGAGAAUUACCCUCUUGUUGUGGAGGAGGAUGAUCCUGAUUGGCCUGAAGAUGCUGAUGGGUGGGGAUUCAACUUGGGCCAGUUUUUUGACAAAAUUACUAUUAAAAACAAUAAAAAAAAGGAUGAUGAUGAUGUUGAUGUUGAUCAUAAAGAGAUAGAAUGGCAAGAUGAUAAUUACAUUCGCCCCAUCAAAGACAUUAAGACUGCUGAAUGGGAAGAGACUGUAUUCAAAGACAUAAGUCCCUUGAUUAUUCUUGUGCACAAUCGGUAUAAAAGGCCAAAGGAGAAUGAAAGAAUUCGAGAUGAAAUAGAGAAGGCUGUGCAUAUCAUAUGGAACUGCAGACUUCCCUCGCCAAGAUGUGUUGCAAUUGAUGCUGUUGUUGAGACUGAACUGGUUGCUGCACUUCAAGUGUCUGUCUUCCCAGAGAUUAUCUUCACUAAAGCAGGCAAGAUUUUAUUCCGCGAAAAAGCAAUUCGCAGUGCAGAAGAGUGGUCAAAAAUCAUGGCUUUCUUCUACUAUGGCGCAGCCAAACCACCCUGUUUGAAUAGCAUGGCCUAUUCCCAAGAAAAUAUUCCCUUCUCUUGUCACUAAUAAUCCAGUGUCAUAAAAAUUUGAGAAUCUAAAUUUUGAGUGCAUCCAUGUUGCUGAAAUAUUUUCAUUUGAAGCUGGCUUUAAAAAUCUGCCUCUGUAAAACAAAUGCAAGGGGAAUGUAUAGCUCUAUUGACUCUCAUAUAAUGUGCUAUGAUAAAAUAACUUGCAUAAACAUGGAAGAAAAUUUCUAGAGUGGGUUGAAAUGAGCAUCUGGACUAGAUGAAAUAAAUAUUGAACGUGGAAGAUGAAACUUCAUGAUCUGAUUUCUAGUUUGCUACGAAAGUGAAAAGAUGUAUCCUUGGAGCCAUGUGCAUAUUUAGAAGCUACAUUGAGCGACCCUUUGUUGAAAUGAAAGAUUAUUGCAAUAAACUCACUGAAGAUUCCCACCGGGUUUGAGUUAACAAAGCAUACAUUAAGAGGACUCAGGUUCAUAGUCAUACUGUCAGAGGCAUUAGAAUAUGGUAGGAAGUAGAAUUUAUGUUUUCUUAAUUCAUUUUUCUAUUUUAACUCUGAAUAUCGUUGUUUUCAAUGUAAUGGUAUUGGAGUAAUUAAGAUAGUUUGAGAACUAAUGCAUUGUCUUAUGUUCCUUGGAAAGAAAGAGAAGU